CUGGUCUCCAACACCAACGCGGGGAACGAUAUCCAGAUGCGUCCUGCAGUCAACGCCGCUCCUCCACAGGUUAUAUAUCACUCAAACACUUCCAAACUCAUGGCCACGAUUAUCGACACCAACAGGAGCCUCCAUCUAAGAUUGAUCUGCUAUCAUCCUGGCUUAUUUACCCGGCAUGUCGCAUCCACAAACUGGUUUCCCACAGACAACCUUCAAAGGAGAAUCUACUCUAUCAAGACGACGAAAGACUGUUUCGCGCACUACAGUUCGUACCCAACUCGAUCAGCUGCGAUCAACCGGGCGGUAUGACUGCUUCAGGCUCAAUUGGCACCCUAUCUACGACGACAAGUCCAUGUGGCCCGUUCCAUACCACUUAUUCUGGGACAGUGAUAUCGCUAAAUGGAUUGAGGGGGCUUGUUACUUUCUAGCUGAUCCAGAUGAGUAUGACGAGGAUAUUGAUCAGGCUGUCCGCGAGCUUGUAGACAUGAUCAGGUCAGCUCAGCAGCAAGACGGUUACCUGAACGUUCAUUAUACUGUGGUUGAACCGGGAAAGAGAUGGACCAACAUCCGGGAUAUGCAUGAACUAUACAAUGCUGGCCAUCUCAUAGAGGCCGCAAUUGCUCAUAAGGAAUACUAUAAGAAUGACCUACUUCUCGAGCCUAUUGAGAAGUAUGUUUCUCUCAUCACGAAACGUUUUGGCCUCGGAGAAGGCCAGUUGAAAGGUUAUCCUGGCCACCCUGAAAUCGAGCUAUCGCUUUUUCGACUGUACGCUGCUACAGGUAACACCGGAGCUUUCGACCUGGCACAGUAUUUUCUGACUGAACGAGGAAAUACUGAUGGACAUGAAGGGAAACACUUCUACGACUGGGAAAGAGAAAAGAGAGGCGAAAGCCCAUGGCUGCGGUCGAACUCCUAUCCUCAAUCGAGGGCUUAUUGGUAUUGCCAAGCUCAUGUUCCAAUCACAGCACAAAACACAAUUGAAGGACAUGCUGUCAGAGCUGGAUACCUUCUAACUGCUGUUGCUGACAUGCUGCAUCUCUCCGCAGAGAGUGGAAAGGCUUUACCUGAUGCCGAAGCAUGGUCACAGGCACUGCAUAGACUGUGGGACAGCAUGGUUGAUAGGAAGAUGUACUUGACUGGAGGCAUCGGUGCUAUGGCACAGUGGGAGGGCUUUGGAAUUGACUACUUCCUUCCCCAGGGCACGGAUGAAGGAGGCUGCUAUGCUGAGACAUGCGCUUCGAUUGCUUUCGUCAUGCUCGCGGAACGAAUGUUACACCUUGAUCUCGAUUCUCGAUACGCCGAUAUUAUCGAGCUAUGUCUCUACAACACCAUCAUGACAGCCAUGAGUUUGGAUGGCAAAUCCUUCACUUACAUCAACCAACUUGCCAGCUCUGAAACUGACAAAAACAUGCGUGAGGGGUGGUUCUGGUGCGCUUGUUGCCCUCCAAACUUGACGAGGCUAUUCGGCAGUUUGGGCGGCUAUCUUUGGGAUUAUGGUACUGAGGGCAAUGGCGUCUUUGUGAAUGUCCAUUUAUACACUGGUGCCGAGUUGCAAUUCAAAGUAGGCUACUCGAUUGUCACGCUCCAGCAAAAGACCAACUGGCCGUGGGAGGGCAAGGUUGACUUUGAGUUGUCGUCUCCAUCUCUCUUGCAAACCACCAUCCGGCUUCGUUUGCCCGCUUGGUCCAAAGGAAGAUUUACAUUAUACCCACCAGCAAAUUUGACCACCUCAAAGGUUGAAAAGGGUUAUAUAUCUCUACGGCCUUCCUAUCUCUCUGAAAAUCCUCGGUUCUCGCUAGAUAUUCAUGGUUUCGAACCAAGAUUUAUAUCACCCCACCCCUACUCAAAUCAACGCAACUUAUCCCUCGCACGAGGGCCAAUCGUCUAUUGCGUCGAAGAUGUCGAUAACCCCUCGGAGUCUAAUCAUUUCAAGGAUGUAUUCAUUCGAACGGACUCGUCGGUUACUGAAGAGAAAGUGGUCCAUGAAGCGUCCGGCGAAGAGUAUGUCGCGAUGCAAGCUCAGGGGUGGAAGCAGUCACCUUCAGCACUUGGAUCACUAUCGCUAGAGACUGCUGAGUCUGUGAAUUUGGUUUUUGUUCCAUACUAUUUCAGAGCCAACAGGGGAGGGGAUGGUCAGAUGAGGGUUGGUUUAUCAAACGGUGGCACCGAGCCAGGGGUUCUUUUCCCUGAGAGACUCUGACUGUGGAUCUCCAAGGGCCAAGUAUAUAAGCAUGACUUCAAGGGGAGAAGACUAUCGGGUUUCUUCAUUUCAUCUUCACCUGAGGCCUGACCGAUGACUUGUGACUGAUGCUGAGUGAUAUCGUUGCCCGUUCGAGUGUGUCGCGAGAUAACACUCAAUACACGCAUAACAUUGAGUUUUGGAUAAUACAUAUAGCUCUCUGAAAAACGAC